UUUUGUUUUGAUGGAAAAGGCAAUAAAUGUGUGCCUAAGUUUGCCAAAUUUAUGCAGUCAAAUGUAUUGAAUCACACAGCUAACGAACAGACUUGGCAUUUUAAGCGGCGAUGAUUGGUUUCAAAGGAAAACACUGAGAAAACCGCAGCUAUGGAGAUGGGAUUGCCAUUUCUCGCUGGAAGUCCAUUAAAAUCUUCCUCCCAAUUCAACAGACCAAGGAUGAGACAUAUUUCAGAUCGCCAUCCUAAACAGCUUCUGGACACAUUAGACUCUCUACGGCAAUGCAAAGAAUUAUGUGAUGUUGUAAUAAAGGCUGGUAGCAAAACUCUCUUUGCUCAUCGAGUGAUUUUGGCGGCGUGCAGUCCGUAUUUUAAAGCAAUGUUCACUGGCGAAAUGGCGGAAAGUCGAAAAAAAGAAGUAACAAUUCAAGAUGUCGAUGAAACAGCUAUGGAACUCCUGGUUGAUUUUGCAUACAAUGCUGAGAUUACUGUUGAAGAAGGCAACGUUCAAGCCCUCCUUCCUGCCGCUUGUUUGCUUCAAAUCUCAGAAAUUCAGGAAAUAUGCUGUGAGUUCUUAAAACGCCAGCUAGAUCCUUCGAAUUGCCUCGGUAUCAGAGCUUUCGCUGAUACUCACUCUUGCCGCGAACUGUUGCGCAUCGCCGACAUUUUUACUCAUCAUAACUUUCAAGAAGUCAUAGAAAGUGAGGAGUUCUUGCUUUUACCGGUAACACAAUUAUUGAAUAUUCUGUCUAGCGACGAACUUAACAUUCGUUCAGAAGAACAGGUUUUCACAGCAGUUGUUAAUUGGGUCAAAUACAGCGUCUCAGAGAGGCGAUGCCACCUUUCACAGGUCCUACAACACGUUAGGCUACCGCUUCUGGGCCCCAAAUUCUUAGUUGGUGUUGUUGGUACUGAUCCUUUGGUAAAAAGUGAUGAAUCAUGUAGAGAUCUUGUGGAUGAAGCUAAGAACUAUCUUCUUCUACCAGAGCAAAGGUUGCUUAUGCAAGGACCACGGACCAGACCUCGAAAACCAACUAAAUGCACCGAAGUAUUGUUUGCAGUGGGAGGGUGGUGUAGUGGGGAUGCCAUCAGUAGUGUUGAACGCUAUGAACCGCAGACAAAUGACUGGAAAAUGGUCGCCACCAUGAGUAAGCGACGUUGUGGUGUGGGUGUGGCUGUCUUAGACAAUUUACUGUAUGCUGUUGGAGGACAUGAUGGUAGUAGCUAUCUCAAUAGUGUUGAAAGGUAUGACCCCAAAACAAACCAAUGGAGCAGUGAUGUUUCACCAACUUGCACAUGUCGCACUAGUGUGGGUGUUGCUGUUCUUGAUGGGUACAUGUAUGCUGUAGGAGGACAAGAUGGUGUAUCAUGUCUGUACAUUGUUGAAAAAUAUGACCCUCAAGAUAACAGGUGGUUUCGAGUUGCAUCUAUGAGUUCUCGUAGACUUGGUGUUGGUGUUGCAGUACUUGAUGGUUAUUUGUAUGCCAUUGGCGGCUCUGAUGGCACCUCACCCUUAAAUACAGUUGAGAAGUAUGAUCCUAAAACUAAUCGUUGGAGCCCAGUGGCACCCAUGGGAACACGAAGGAAACAUCUAGGGGCUGCCCUGUUUCAGGAUAAACUUUAUGUUGUCGGAGGGCGAGAUGAUGCAACAGAGCUUAGUAGUGCUGAAUGCUAUGAUCCUAAAACAAACCAAUGGUCGCCUGUUGUGGCAAUGAACUCUCGCCGCAGUGGAGUGGGUCUGGCAGUUGUAAAUGGACAACUCUUAGCUGUUGGUGGUUUUGAUGGUACCACGUAUCUUAAGACUAUUGAAGUGUUUGAUCAAGUGUCCAACCAGUGGAAGCUUUACGGAGGGAUGAACUAUCGCAGGCUUGGAGGAGGAGUUGGAGUUGUAAAAUUACCGCUAAGUGAUGCAUUUGGAUGUUAAAGUGAAAUGGCAGAAAGAAAAUGAGUUGAUGUUCCUCUGUUUCUCAGGGUUGGAAUUUCAUCAGUUGACAGAACUGUUGAGUUUGGUUUUAUAGAUGCUGAAGAAGCACCCAUUCAGAAAUUUUUGUAUCAACAUUCAUGUUGGUGAAGGAGAAACCAGAAUAGAAUGGACAGACUUUUUAAAUUUGUUUACACCAGAAUUUAAUGAAUAAAAAUAAGCUGGUGUUAUCCAUAUAGUAUUUAAAACACUCUGCAGAAUAUUGUAAUGACAAGAAGCAUAUCUCAAAAGGAUCUCCUGUCUCACUUGUGUCAAUGACAGCAGUGACAGAGACACUGAUUUCUCUUUAUCUGGUAUUCAUUUUGUUUCAUGAAAAUGUGCAAAGGAGAGUUUUCCUGAUGUGUGUGUGUGUGUGUGUGUGUGUGUGUGUGUGUGUGUGUGUGUGUGUGUGUGUGAGUCAGUGUGUGUUUCAGUUUGUGGGAGUUUGUUAAUGUUGGUGUGUCAAGGGAUAUUUAAAAUUUUGGCCUGUGAUCAAAAUCAUUCCUCCAUUUGCAUGACUCAAUGUGAGGUUUCAAUUAGUAUUUGUCCCUACAAGAGCAAAUGACUUAAAAACUUUAACUCUGACUUUUAAUUUUUCUAUUAGAAAUGCCAAUAUAAACCAAAAGUUGUUGAGAAAAGUUACUAAUAGUAUGCAGUGUAUAUAAUAUUUUCACAUAACAUCAAAAAAAUUUGUUUUGUUUAGUUAUGUUUAUUUUUUUUAAAGGCUGAUAGUUUCGAAAGAAACUGUUUGG